AUGGAGCUCCUCGUGCCGUUAGUCAUCGGCCAGAUUCUUCGUAUCACCGGCUAUGUUGCUGCAACUGCCCUCAUCGCGGUGGUGUUCAACUUGAUUCACCAGCAAUUCUUCUAUCAACGCAAUGAACCGCCCCUGGUUUUUCACUGGUUUCCUUUUCUCGGGAAUACUAUCGCCUAUGGCAUGGAUCCAUACAAGUUCUUCUUUACGUGUCGUGAGAAACACGGUGACAUCUUCACAUUUAUCUUGCUCGGCAAGAAAAUUACCGUCUAUCUCGGAACAGAAGGAAAUGAAUUCAUCUUGAAUGGGAAACUCAGGGAUGUUAACGCCGAAGAGGUCUAUGGCAAAUUGACAACGCCUGUCUUCGGAUCCGACGUUGUCUACGACUGUCCAAACUCCAAGCUCAUGGAGCAAAAGAAAUUUAUCAAAUUCGGCCUCUGUCAAGAAGCCUUGGAAUCCUACGUCCCCUUAAUCGAGGAAGAAGUGAAACAAUACAUCAAAUCCUCAGGCAAAUUCAAGGGCCACACCGGCACAAUCGAUCUAGCGACCGUCAUGUCCGAAAUAACAAUCUUCACAGCCGGUCGCACCCUCCAAGGCCCCGAAGUUCGCGCAAAAUUGACGACUGAAUUUGCGGACCUCUACCACGACCUAGACCUAGGCUUUUCUCCCAUCAAUUUCAUGCUCCCCUGGGCCCCGCUCCCCCACAACCGCAAGCGCGAUGUCGCGCACGCACGCAUGCGCGAAAUCUACCACCAGAUCAUCCGUGAGCGUCGCGCCACGGGCGAGAAAGAAAGCCAAAAAGACAUGAUCUGGAACCUCAUGCGCUGCGUCUACCGUAACGGCCACACAAUUCCAGAUAAAGAGAUUGCUCAUAUGAUGAUCACGCUACUUAUGGCAGGACAACACUCUUCGUCGGCGAUCAGUUGCUGGAUCAUGUUACGGCUUGCAUCCGAGCCGGAGAUGACGGAAAAGUUGUACGCUGAGCAGGUGCAUGCCUUAGGGAAACAUCUGCCGCCCUUGGAGUUUGGCCAUUUGGAGAAACUCCCUCUACAUGCAUUCGUGAAGAAUCCGCUUUCGGUUUCGGGGACAAACUAUGUUAUUCCGACCAGUCAUACGCUUCUUUCAUCACCUGGUGUCACUGCGCGUGAUGAACGGUUCUUCAAGAAUGCUAUGACUUGGGAUCCGCAUCGGUGGGAGUCAUGCUUUGAGGAUGAUGGAGGUGUAUUUGGGGAGAAGUUUGCGUAUUUGAAUCUGACGGUCAUUGUUGCGACUCUUGUGAGAGAGUUCCGGUUCUUCAAUCCUGAAGGUCGGGCUGGUGUCCCCGAGACGGAUUAUUCGUCGCUAUUUUCUCGUCCGGUGCAACCGGCUGCGGUGCGGUGGGAACGUCGUGGGGAGUGA